CAACCGCUUUGAAACUUUGGCCACUACCUUAAAAUGUCUUACUAAAGAACAGCAACAAUAAAAAGUGACAUUUUCAGUUCAUGUUUCCAAAUGAAACAGGAAGCUGAGGUAUAAUUAAACCCUCCCAAAAUACUUAAAGUCCCUUCCCAAGAUUUAUUUUGCUUAUUUGUCAUGCAAAUCUCAACCAACUUGUUUCUGUUCACCAGCAGUUUGAUGUCAUACUCUACCACAAUAACUGACUAAUUUAAGAAAACAUCAUGACUGAAGAGUACACAACUCUCGAUGAUGAGCCAGAAGAUGAACUCUGCCGGAAAGAUGCGGUCAUCAAAUUCGGAUCCAUUGUUAUUCCACUCUUUUUUGCUCUUCUGGUUGUGUUUAGCUGCGUUGGUAACACGUUGGUUCUGGUCAUCCUGGUGCUGUAUGAGAAGCUUAAAUCCCUGAUCAACCUCCUGAUUCUCAAUUUAGCUCUGUCAGAUCUGCUCUUCACUUUUGGACUUCCUUUCUGGGCUUCGUACUUCAUCCAUGGUUGGACGUUUGGAGAGAUUGGCUGUAAAGCGGUCAAGUUUCUGUUCUACGUGGGCUUUUACAGCAGCGUGUUGUUCUUAACUCUAAUGACCAUUCAGCGCUACAUGGCAGUGGUUCAUCCUCUGUCCGACUGGAAGAAACACAGAUGUUUUUCAGUUGCGCCAUUUAUCAUUUGGAUUCUAAGUGGAACAGCUGCGCUGUCAGUCUCACUUCGCAGCAAAGUCUUAAUACACGAUGAUAACCUUUACUGUGAAUUUGACAGUAUAAAAGUAAAACAUGUCGCCGUUUACUCACAAAACAUUUUCUUCUUGAUGGCGUUUUGCAUCAUGGGAUUUUGCCAUGCCAGAAUGUUUCAGGUAAUAACCCAAUCUCAAUCGAGACGUCGACGGAAAACUAUCAAUCUCAUAUUUUGCAUAGGCAUAGCGUUCUUCAUCGGCUGGGUUCCAUACAACAUUGUUAUGCUCUUGAAAACUUUACAGGAUUACGCUUUGCCGCCAUUCUUAAUCUGUAGUGUCUCCAUUCAUCUUGACUAUGCAUUUUAUGCUUGCCGUCUAUUGGCGUUUUCACACUGCUGCCUAAACCCAGUGCUUUAUACUUUAAUUGGAGAAAGAUUCCAGAAACAUUUACGAACAUUACCCAAGAAAAUAUGUUUAAAAUAAAGCAAUUCUGAUCCAUCCUGAAAACAAUUUUGCAAUUCAUAUUCUGUUUUUGGUGUGCAGUCGGUAAGAUGUUUGCUUUAAGAGACAUCAAAUGCAUUUAAAGUGACACUAAAGAUGUUAUUUUGAAUAAAUUGUUGACCUAAAUUAAACUGACCCACUCACACGCACAUGCAGUUUCUCCACGAUGGAUGUCUAGUGUUCUCUAGCCUCUCAAGAAGUUUGGCCUGAGGAGAAAUGGUUGUUCCCAACUGAACCUAGUUUCCUCUCAAGUUUUUUUUCCUUUCGUCAAUUGGUAAAGUUUUGGCGCUCGCCACUGUUGCCACUGGCUUGUGCUGUGUUUUGAGACUUGUGGAACUGUGCAUCGAUUUAUGUGCUCUUCAGUGUUUGGACUUUCAGCAGUGAAAAUUAAACCACACUGAACUGAACUGUGAAAACCUGACGGACACAGAUUCAAUUGUAAAAGCGCUAUAGAAAUAGUAAGAAAAUAGAAUUAAUUUUCAUUUCUCAUUAGAAUUAUCUUUAUUGGAAAUAUUUAGCAUAUUCUUUGUAUAUAACUCUGCUUUUUGUGAAGAUGUGUUUAACGAAGCAUUUUGCAGAAGGAGACAUCUCCGACAAGAAAUAUGCUUCAGGAACAAUAAAAAUAACGUGCGUCUCUC